GCGUAAUUGCGCAGACCGGAAGUGAACAGAAAUUUUGCAAAAAUCAAUUUUUAUUAUCUGUUGCUGUUUGGAGCAUUUUUAGAACUAGAUGGGUGGGGAGUUGAUCGUAUGGCCACAGGUAAUCCUGUUUGGUGACUCAAUUACUCAGUUCAACUAUGGCAAUGAUGGAUGUUGGGGUGCUUUGCUAGCAGAUCAGUUAGUCAGAAAAUGUGAUGUGGUCAAUAGGGGAUUCUCUGGCUAUAACACAAGGUGGAACAAAGUUAUUCUUCCGAGAAUAAUACAGAAAGAAAAUGCUUCAAACAUUGCAGUAUUUGUGCUAUUCCUCGGGGCUAAUGACUCCAACAAAGCUGAGCUUAAUCCUAUGCAGCAUGUGCCUUUAACAGAAUUCAAAGAAAACAUAAUCAAAAUGUUAGAAUACCUUGGGAGUGUAGGGGUUGGAAAGGAGAAAAUUAUUAUAGUCAGUCCACCAGCUUCUGAUGAGAGUGCAUGGGAGGUUGAGUGCAUUAAAAAAGACAGACCUCAGACAAAGUGCAAUUUAAUGGCAGGAGAAUAUGCAGAAGGUUGUGAAGAGGUGGCUGCUAAAUGUGGGGUGACAUGUGUACAACUUUACAAAGCUAUGAUGAAGAGGCCGGAUUGGCGAAAUAUGCUCAAUGAUGGACUGCACCUCUCCAGAGAGGGCUCUAUUUUCCUUCAUUCCAUGCUUGAGCCCCUCAUAGAGGAGUGCACAUCCAAGCUACCUUACAUUCUACCAGGAUGGGCCAGUGUUGACAACACCAACCCCCAAGCAUCACUGCUAGGCUCACCUUAUCACGAACAGAUAUAAUACCUCUCAGGGAUAAUACAAUUGUUCACAAUAUUACAAUGUAUUUAA